UGAAGUUGUUUCUGAUUUUCCGAUUUCAUGUAAAGUUGUUUUGUUAAUUUUUCCUAGUGCUACUCUGUUAGUAUCACAAUGCCUCCCAAGCCUAGUGGAAAAGCUGUGAAGAAAUCCGGAAAGGCCCAGAAAGCCAUCCGCAAUCCCGAUGCCAAAAAGAAGAAGAAGAGGAAGGAGUCGUACUCCGUGUACAUCUACAAGGUGCUGAAGCAAGUGCACCCGGACACUGGCGUCUCCUCCAAAGCGAUGGCCAUCAUGAACUCCUUCGUCAACGACAUCUUCGAACGGAUCGCCUCAGAAGCCUCGCGUCUGUCGCACUACAACAAGCGCUCCACCAUCACUUCCCGCGAAAUCCAGACCGCCGUCCGCCUGCUCCUGCCCGGAGAACUGGCCAAGCACGCCGUUUCCGAAGGAACCAAAGCCGUCACCAAGUAUACCAGUGCCAAUAAGUAAACGGGACUGAAUCUCCUUUUGUUACUUGUUCUGAAAUGUGGUGGCUUUUAUCUUAGAAGUUGUACAUAGUCAUUGUUUGUUGUUGCUGGUGUGGAGCAGCAGAUAUAAGCUUCUAACGUACCAGCCAUGUCGUUUCUUUUUUUGCGUGCAGAAAAUAACGCUGCGCUACUUGUACAUACUGGCAUUAACCGUGCGAGUUGGAUUCUGAUCGUACUUAAAUAAAGCGAUGCCGUUUACAGAA